UGUUGGCUCGGAGCGGGCCGGCUGUGCGCCGCGCGGGGGUGUAACUUGAGAGUUUUCCCUACAAAGUCCCAGCGCCUAUCGCCGAAGCCGACAGAGGGCUCGGGAAUUGGAAUCCGGCUCUAACACGGCCGCGUUUUUCGCUUCUGGCUGCUCGGGAAGAUCCAGAGAACGCUGAAGGUUGGCGGCGGCAGCGCCUUGCCGGAUUUAUGCUCGCGCGGGACGAAGCGCCGCGGACCACAACCGGGAGACUGGCGCAUCCUUUUCUUCCUACCCUCCGAAGGACGGAGCCCGGGAAGCACGGAGCAGUGGGACAGCUCUAAGCCGGCAGGAGGAGGAAAGCAUUUGAGGGUCCAAUUGGGAGCCAAGGUGAAGAAGAAAAGACAACAGGAUGACAGCUCGGUUGUGUGACCUCCUUAGGGUCCUGGUGAUAGUAACAAUAUGUGCAUGGACAUCUUCUUCCACAGAAGAAACCACAGAGCCAGAGAUGUUUGACAGUCACAUGCUUGAGACAGAAGAGGAGCAUCUGCUUUUGGAUCCAGGGAGCCUGCUGAAGCUCUAUUGCAGCACCAACCACAGUCUUGUUAUCACAUGGUAUAAGGAAGCUAAGCAACUUUUCCCAAGUGAGCGCAUCCACAUUCAGGAAAAUUUGCUGGAGAUUGCUGAAGCCACCUAUGAAGAUUCAGGAUUAUAUUCAUGCCAUGCAUGGAGUACUGGAGAAAGUCUGCGUAAUUUUACUAUCUCUGUUGUAGAUUCAUUGGCAUCAGGGGAUGAUGAUGAAGACAGUGAUGUGGAGAGCACCCAUAUUGAUUCUAAUGAGGAGUCUGUACAUGCCCAUCGAGCACCUUACUGGACACAUCCUCAUCGAAUGGACAAGAAGCUGCACGCAGUCCCAGCAGGAAAUACUGUCAAAUUCCGCUGCCCAGCUUCAGGAAGCCCCAACCCAUCUAUCCGCUGGCUGAAGAACGGGCGGGAAUUCCGUGGGGAGCACCGUAUUGGAGGAAUUCGGCUCAGGCAUCAACACUGGAGUUUGGUCAUGGAGAGUGUGGUACCCUCGGAUCGAGGCAACUAUACUUGCUUGGUGGAAAACAAAUUUGGCAGCAUUCGCUACAGCUACUUUCUGGAUGUGCUGGAGAGGUCUCCACACAGACCGAUCUUGCAAGCUGGGCUGCCUGCCAAUACCACAGCAGUGGUGGGCAGUGAUGUAGAAUUCUUUUGCAAGGUGUUCAGCGAUGCACAGCCCCACAUACAGUGGCUCAAACACAUCAAAGUGAAUGGCAGCAGCUUUGGUCCAGAUGGAGUCCCCUACGUGCAGAUCCUUAAGACAGCAGACAUUAACAGCUCAGAGGUGGAAGUGCUGUACCUGCACAAUGUCUCCAUGGAGGAUGCUGGUGAAUAUACCUGCCUGGCUGGGAAUUCUAUCGGCCUGUCCUACCAGUCAGCCUGGCUUACUGUGCUUCCAGAUGAAGAACAAGUUGAAGAAGUAGAUGCCCCUGAAAUCAAAUACACUGACAUAAUUAUCUACACUUCAGGGUCUUUAGCUGUUGCUAUGGCUAUUAUCAUUAUUGUUUUAUGCCGGAUGCAAAUCCAGCCAAGCAAGCAACCUCUGGAACCAAUGGCUGUGCACAAACUCUCCAAAUUUCCUCUUAUCCGACAGUUCUCCUUGGAAUCAAGCUCUUCAGGGAAGUCCACAACAUCACUAAUGCGUGUUACUCGCCUCUCCUCAAGUUGUACACCCAUGCUAGCUGGAGUUAUGGAAGUGGAGCUGCCGUUGGACUCCAAGUGGGAAUUCCCACGGGACAGGCUGGUGCUAGGCAAGCCCUUAGGUGAGGGCUGCUUUGGGCAGGUGGUGAGAGCAGAAGCCUAUGGGAUGGAUCAAGAACGGCCAGAACGGCCUAACACUGUUGCUGUUAAAAUGCUGAAAGAUAAUGCUACAGAUAAAGACUUGGCUGACCUCAUUUCAGAAAUGGAGAUGAUGAAACUGAUGGACCAACACAAGAAUAUCAUCAACCUAUUGGGUGUCUGUACCCAAGAUGGUCCCCUCUAUGUGAUCGUGGAGUUUGCUGCUAAGGGGAAUUUGCGGGAAUAUCUGCGUGCUCGCCGCCCUCCUACACCUGAUUAUACCUUUGAUAUUACCAAGAUGCCAGAGGAGCAGCUUUCCUUCAAAGACUUGGUUUCUUGUGUUUACCAGGUGGCCCGUGGCAUGGAGUACCUGGAGUCCAAGCGGUGCAUUCAUCGGGACCUGGCUGCUCGCAAUGUUCUUGUUACUGAAGAGAAUGUAAUGAAAAUUGCUGAUUUUGGCUUGGCCCGUGGUGUUCAUGACAUAGACUACUACAAAAAAACCAGCAAUGGUCGUUUGCCUGUAAAAUGGAUGGCACCGGAAGCUCUGUUUGACAGAGUGUACACACACCAAAGUGACGUGUGGUCCUUUGGAAUUCUGAUGUGGGAAAUUUUUACACUGGGUGGCUCCCCCUAUCCUGGCAUCCCAGUGGAAGAACUUUUCAAACUCCUGAAAGAAGGUCACCGAAUGGACAAGCCCUCCAACUGUACCCAUGAACUGUACAUGAUGAUGAGAGAGUGCUGGCAUGCUGUGCCUUCCCAACGACCCACCUUUAAGCAGUUAGUGGAGGGACUGGAUAAAGUCCUGGUUGCUGUUUCUGAAGAGUAUCUGGACCUGUCAAUGCCUUUUGAACAGUAUUCCCCAUCCUGUGAAGACACAACCAGCACCUGCUCCUCUGAUGAUUCAGUCUUCACCCAUGAUCCUUUGCCAAUCACCCCUUGCCUCUUCCCUUAUCACAAUGUGAGGACAUGAGGAGAGGGGCAGGCCGUGGACACUGGGGAAGGUGGCGUUUUUGUUUUUUCUUCAUUCCUAGAGGAUUACAUAGUUUGAGAACUGAAGUUCUCAGAAUGUCCCUGGUGGAAGAAAUUGCUGGGAGCUAUAUUAGCAAGAACUGAAAGUCUCAUCAAGUUUCUGGAGCCUGUUGGAAAUCUGCUGCCCAGAGUUCACUGGCAAGGACCGGAUGCCUUCCUUACACAUGUCUGCAGAUGCUCCAGGCCCUAAUACUGAUGCUUCUACACCCCGUAAUCUCAGGUCCCCUCAAAGCUGUUGCUCUAGCUGAGCCUUCGAUGCAGCCAGCUGUCUGAAGACAAGUAAGACCAGAUAAAUAGGGAGUCACUUAGUCCUGGAGAGAAGGGCACUCUCUAACUUCAGGAGCUCUUAGGAGCACCACAGGGUAUCCUGCUUAUUUUUCUGAUACCAGGCCCAAUUUAAUAAUACUUUAAAGAGACUUCAUGAUUUGGCAGGAGUCAAGCCAGCUUUCUCAGGCAGUCCCAUCCUUAUCUGGACACACAAUCCCAAGGAUGUCCUACGUAGGACAUGGACCUUUCCUUCUGGCUCCUGCUGUCCUCUGUACAUAACCCUAGAGAUAAAUAUUUAUGUACAUAACACUUUUAAUGCACAUGAAUUACCCGCACCCAUAAAUUAUUUUUUUGGAGUAGAACCUCUGCCUGGAGGUUUGGGGUUUCUUUUUUCUUUUUUUUGCCUGCAUCUCCUGGGGAAAUAGAUCUUGCGUCUCUCCGGUUCCUAUGGUUGAAAUGGCUGCUCAGAGUAGGUUGGCCUCAGUUGGUGUGCCCGGGUCUCUAUGUGAAGGUCAAAUGUUGCAAUUCAACUUGGGUUUUGUCUAAGUGAAUAUCUGUGGAGCUUUAGAAAGGAAGGAACAGUGUGUCUAAACUCCCUCUUUAACAGCUAGCCCUUGUCUGAGUGCCUAUUUUUCCCCAUGAUCUGUAGAGGAGAAGGUGAUUGGGUUUUCAAGGCAGAGCACUGUUAGUUUAAUGCAGCUAAGGCAACAGAGAAUCUUGUGGCACUUUAAAUUCCAAUAUAUUUAUUAUAACAUGAGCUUCUGUGAAUAUAGCCCAUCUCAUCUAAUGAAGGAAUUGUUACCUUGAGCUAUUUAACUAAGGAAGUAGAGCAUAAUUCAUCAAAUCUUUUGCCCCAACAAUUUUGCUAUUCUUAAAGGCCACAAGAUCCUUUGUUUCUGGCUUGAUGUAAUGUUCAGCAGUUCACAUUUCACAUCCAGGCAUCACAAUCCUGGCCAGAUAUUUUAUUAGGCCAUCCCUAAGUAUGGUAUUUUCAAACUUUGCAAUUUUCCCAAAAAGUUCAUCACUUGCUGGAAAAGUUGAAAGGAAAAUACAAAGAAGUUUCAGGUAUAGUAUACUCAACUUAUUCUGUGAUAGCUUUCCCCAACCUGGCACUCCCCAGAUGUGUGGAAUUCACUGUGGUGUCCAGUAUCCAUAGCCAACACAGUUGUGCUGAGAACUAUGGGAGUUGUCAGCUUCACACAUCUGGAGUAUACCAGGUGGCAAGAAGACUGAUGCAUAGGUGCUAGCAGGAGAGCGAUCUCUGUGCCAUGGAAGAGCUCACAUGUUUCAUUUUGCUGGAAACCGUCUCUGAUCAGGAAGCCCUGAUUCAGUUUAGGCAUGGGAAUUGAGGGGAUGCAUGAGAUUUAUACCAGCCCUUAGAGCGUAAGCUGUUUCUGUGUUUUAUAAAGAAAUAGAUUUGAGCCCAGAAAGGACUAAAGACAUUCACCUGCACCAGUGUGGCUGGCUUGCACACACAGCAUGUGCACCUGUGGAUUUCACCAUAGAAUGGAGUGUCCAUUCUUACUUGGUUUGCUCACGCACAAAGCAUGCCCCCCAUCUGUUCUGCAUUAGCUGCUGUUCCGUUUAAGCCACCAUGAACACCACUACCAACAUCUCCCUGAAAUUGAUCCAGCAACUGGCCACUCUUUCAGAGCCUGGGAAUCUGUCUCAGGAUACCGCAAAGCCCAGUGGGACUAUCCCACCCCCAGCCCAAACAGCCACCCUGUUUACUUCCUGGGGAUUGGCUGAAGCCAAUCAAAUAUCAAAAGGAGUCCUCAGAAUAUUCUCAUUCCCUACUUACGAUUCCAGAGGAUCUUACAUACCAAGGAACAGAAGAAAAAUAUUUUGGGGAAACAAACAUUUAUUCCUUCUGGUUGUGCCCCCUUCUAUUAAAUAUCCUAGUUUCUAUGCCCCCCCUUCCACCACUGAAUGAUGGCACAAAACACAGGAUCAGCCCCAGGAGGGAAAUGCAGCUGUCUCCCUUCUUCCUCCCCACCCCCCAAGCCCUCUGCUGGGUUUAGAGUUUCACAAGAGAUCUUGUGGGGGAAUUGCAGCCCGUGCCAUCCCAGUGGGGAUUGGGUUUCAGUGGGCCAUUUUCCCCAGUGUUGUUUCCUCUCCUCCCAGCUGUAGCCCAUUCCAAUCCAGCUGGGUGAAGGGAUGAGAAAUAAUGCCUCCCUCCCCCCCUCCAGAAGUUAUUUGUGCUUCUGCAUUUCCUUUUUCUGCAGAGUAAUAUAUAGCAAUGACACGGGGCAAGUGGUGGUAUGCUGCAGGCAGUAUGGUGGGCAGCUGGAGAGAGGUUCUUUACCUUGGGCUGCAGACUCUUAAGAGGAGUGCAAGAGUUUUUCCAAGGACAGAAGAGAUGCUGCAACAGGUGCAAUAGACAUGGAGUUGUUGCUAAUCCCUCUGGUUCCCUCUGUUACCAGCUUAAAACUCAGUCCUGCACGUACACCAGUAUAGGCCACUUGCACUUUUAAGAUAAUAUAACCCAGGCAUCUCUCAUUAGCAGCUUCCAGAGUCACAUUAAUAAUUUUUUUAGCCCAUUCAUGGAGACUGGCAUGAUGGAUAUUUUGGCUUGUUUUAUUUCAUCUUCCGAGAAGCACAACACUGCAGAGCCAACUUUAAUCAAUAAUAAACUGGAUUGGGUGGCAGCAUAGAAGCCUGCAUAGCAAUUACUGUCCUUUGUACAUGGUCGCAACAUCAUUCUAUACAGAUGUUUGUGAAUGUUUACAUUUAUUAGGAAAAUGUUUGUUCCAUUAUAGAAGUCUCUUUUUUCUCUAGGAGACAGGGUUUUGUAAGAAAUAUCCAGUCAGAUUUCUAUGACAUCCCCCUGCCCUCCAGAUAUUUCCCCUGUGCAAUGUUCCUAUCAUUUCCUUUUGCCCAAUUUUAAAAUCAGAAAAAUUCUCAGUAUUAUGAUCAGAGUAAAUGAAAUACCUUUGUAAUUAA